GCUCAAACACACACACACACACACACACGCUCCUCGCUCAGGAGUCGUCGGAGGUCUACUGGAAAGACUGCUGGGAAAUCAAUAACAAAUCGACGAUAACAGGGAACUAACCUGUUCUUCCGCUGCUGUGGAAGACAGAUUCAGUAUAUCCGUGGAUUCGUACUUUUACCGGAUUCGGAUAACGUUUGGGGCCCACAGAGUUGCAGAAAUGAGUCAGUGGUUGGAGCUUCAACAACUGGAUUCAAAGUUUUUGGAACAGGUCGACCAACUGUACGAUGACAGCUUUCCAAUGGCCAUCCGGCAGUACCUCAGCAGCUGGAUAGAAAGCCACGACUGGGACCAUGUUGCUAAUGUGGAGAACGAGUCUCUAGCCACUGUGAGGUUUCAUGAUCUUUUGACCCAGUUGGAUCACCAACACAGCCGCUUCGCGAUGGAGAAAGACUUCCUGAACCAGCACAACAUCCGCAAGAUCAAGAGGAACUUGCAGAGCCUCUUCCAAGACAAUCCUGUUUCCAUGGCGAUGAUCAUCAGUAGGAACCUUAGCGAGGAAAGGAAGAUUCUGACUGCUGCCCAAGUGUCAGAGAAUCGAACCGAAAGCACCCAAAAUGACAUGAUCGUGGAGAAACAUCGAGAAAUGGAUGGAAGGGUGAAAGACAUAAAGAUGAAAGUACAGGACGCAGAGCAGACUAUCAAAAAUCUAGAAGACCAGCAAGACGAAUACGACUUCAAGAGCAAAACUCUACAAAGCAGAGAGGAACUGAACGGGACCAUUUCAAAGGAAGACCUGAACCGUGAGAGACUGACUAUCCGUGCCAUGUCUAUGAAACUCAACGAAACAAGAAAGAAAGUGAUCAGUCAGAUGUCAGAGGUGUUGAACAAUAUAGAUCCGGUGGUCUUCGAGCUAAUUUCAAUAGAACUGGCCGAAUGGAGGCGCCGUCAACAGAUGGCUUGCAUCGGGGGACUAACCAAUGUCUGCUUGGACCAGCUGCAGAACUGGUUUACUUCUCUAGGAGAAUCUCUGCUUCAGCUCAGGCAGCAGCUCAAGAAACUUCUGGAGCUGGAGCAGAAAUUGACAUAUGAGCAGGAUCCCAUCACCCUCAGCAAAAGCACUCUGGACGACAGGAUCAUGUUGAACCUCAAAAAUCUCAUCACGAACUCCUUGGUAGUCGAGCGACAGCCAUGCAUGCCGACCCAGCUGCAAAGACCCUUGGUGCUGAAGACGGGUGUUCUGUUCACCCUCAAAUUACGGCUGCUCAUAAAACUUCAGGAAUUCAACCACACUGUUCGGGUGAAGGUGCAAUUCGACAAGGAUAUCGUUGAGAAACGGAAAGGGUUUCGCAUGUUUAACAUCUUGGGAACGGCCAUGAAGGUGAUGAACAUGGAGGAAUCCAAUGGGAUGGCAGCAGAAUUCCGUCAUUUGCAACUGAAAGAGAAGAAAGUUACCGGAAACAGAACAAGUGAGGGCCCUUUGAUCGUCACAGAGGAACUUCACUCCAUCACCUUUGAGGCUGAGCUCUGCUGGUCUGGAAUGGUCAUGAACUUUGAGGCUACAUCUCUGCCCAUAGUCGUGAUCUCCAACGUCAGUCAGCUACCCAGCGGAUGGGCCUCCAUCAUGUGGUACAACAUGCUGACUUCUGAGCCAAAGAAUCUUUCGUUCUUCGUGACUCCUCCUUCAGCCACGUGGGGGCAUCUAUCGGAGGUGCUGAGCUGGCAGUUCUCCUCCAUCACCAAAAGGGGUCUUAAUCAAGAACAGUUAAGCAUGCUGGGUACCAAACUCCUUGGACCUAAAGCAGUGAUGGAUCCUGAAGCUCAGAUUCCUUGGAAUAAAUUCUGCAAGUCUGGCAGUGAAAAGAAUUUCACCUUCUGGCUGUGGAUUGAAGGAAUUUUGGACUUAAUAAAGAGACACCUGCUGAGUCUGUGGGACGAUGGCUGUAUAAUGGGCUUUGUGACCAAGGACCGAACUAAAGCUCUGCUACAUGACAAAGCUUCCGGGACAUUUCUGUUGCGCUUCAGCGAGAGCAACCGUGAUGGAGCCAUCACGUUCAGCUGGGUUGAACACGACGCAAACGAAGAGCCACAGAUUCGCUCUGUGGAGCCCUACACGAAGAAGGAACUCUCUGCCGUCUCACUUCCUGACAUCAUUCGCAAUUAUCGCGUGAUGGCGGCUGAUAACGUCCCAGAAAACCCUCUGCGCUUCCUAUUUCCCAAUAUACCCAAAGAUGAGGCCUUCAAAAAAUAUUACUCCAAACCUACCGACAAACAAGAACCAAUGGAUGUGGAUAAGAAAUCAGAUGAGGGAUACAUCAGCACCACUCUCAUCUCCAUCUCUGAAAUGCAGCCACAAGACUAUAACGACACACUCAUGCCAAUGUCGCCUGAGGUUUACGGCGAGCUGGAGCGCAUGAACCGAUAUGUCACCGAUUCGUUAACUUUGGAGCCCUCAGACUUAAGUCUCUCGUAAGUGACCUGAAAGGACAGAUGAUGCAGAAAAAAUAGAAAUGUUUCCUUCAUUCUGUGUUUUUUCUGGAAUAACGCAAAUGAAAGAGGAAAAUCUAGUCAAGGUAUAGCCAUUGGGUUUAGUUGUCCUCUCUUUUUCAUUCUAACGUUAUUUAAAAAACACUGUAUACACUGUCAACUACAGUAUAAAGAAAACCAAACAGAUUGAAUUAACGCCUAUAGUAAUGCUACUGUUACCACAGCACUCAUUCAUAACUUUUUAGACAGUGAAGUUGUGUAUGAAUAGCACUUAAUUUUCUUAGAUGCCAAGUAAUAGAAAACAGAGGAGAAAGUGAACAAAAAAAGCUAGAUGGAUAAAUUUCACAAAAUCUAAUUUUCUGUAAAGAAAAUUAAACCUAUUUUUAGGACUGAAGAUUUUUUUAAGUUGAAUUAACAUUUACUGUAAUGCAAUCUUUUUGUAUUCAAAUCAGAAUAAAUUAUUGUAGUACAGGAAUUUAACAGUAAUAACAAAAUUACUGUAUUGCAGUAAUAAAAAUACAUUAUGAAAAUAAUGGGAAUGAACAAAAAAACCCAAUGGGUCUUCAACAAAAAUGGUCCUAAAAUAGGUUUUCUUUUCUUUAAGCAAGUUUUAGAUUCCAUAUUUUGGUUUUGGGAUAAAACACCCCAAAGAUUCAUCCAGAAAGAACUAUGACAUGCAAGAGUUCAGGUCUGACUAAAUCUUUUAAGCUGUUAGGUGUUUAUUUUCCUAACACCAUUUCUAAAUAUGUGAAAAAAAGACCAGUUUUCUUGAGAUUUUCCUUAACUUGCUGGUGCUCUGUUAGUGUUAUGUUCACUUUACGUACUUUGUUGUCAUUUCUCACUUUUUACACUGGAUUGUACUGCUGUUUAAUUACAGAGCAAUAUUUGUUCUUGUCUUAUUUGUUUUGGACAUGAUAGAAAGUUAUUACUGUGGGAGUCCAUCUUGUUUGGAAUGAGUUAAAAACAUGUGCACCUUAGAAACUUUCGGCACAGACCAACAAUACGCAAACCCCACAUUGGCGAAAGAAAAGGUAUUGUGUACGAACGUGUGAAAAACGUUGUUAAAAAACACUGAUAAACAUAUAAACGUUUAAAAAAUGUUGCAAAAAUGUUUUAAAAUUGCAUAAAAUUAUAUAUUUGAGAUAUUCAUCUAAUGGAUAUCUGUCUGAUGCAUGUACAGCUACAAGAUAAGAAAAAAUUAUAUCAAAAGCUAUGUAUGUUUAAAGUCUUUAUUGUUUUUAUCUAGUAUUUCUUGUGUGGAAUAUGACAUUAAAUUCAAACGAAUCUAGAACAUCUACAGCAUAGCAUUGUUAAAUAAUAAAAGCAAAUUAAAAGGAAAUCACAACAACAACAACAAUGCAAUACAUUCAUAGCAGUAAUAAACAAAUUCAGAAAAAAUUCGUAACAGCUUUCUCCGCAAAAACAAGAAAUUAAACAAUGCAACAAAAAUGGACUAAAGUGUGACAAGGAAACGAAUGAAGUUGGAUACGAUCAGUGACCUACUUUUGUUUGUACUGUCAAGUCUUUUGGUUGAGUUGCUUAAAUGUUUUCCAAUAAAUAAAUUGUCCACAGUUAAUCGUGUACACCCCCCACACACACAUUACAAAACACAUUUACAAUACUUUAACAACAGUAUCCCACUAGAAAAUAUUCACAUAGUUGAGAUCGACUUAGGUUUGGAGGUUUUUCAAGUAUAUGCGCGUCUCUUUGUCGUCCGUACUGUACAUUAGAACAAUCAAUGUGCUUUUCUGCAUACAACGUGCUUAUAGACAUGAACCCAACCGUUUAUGAAGUUACUUCACCAAAUUACACUGACGGGACAUGUUUAGACUGCAUUUUGACCAUCGCAGUCAGCGUUAAUUCCAGUGCAUUUUUGUUUGUUUAUUUUCGACUUUCAAUCCUACUUGUCAUUUCAUCAUGUACCGACAAUAAAACAGAAAAUGAA